CGUUUGCUCACAGUUCGUCCACCAGCAGUGGAGCUCAGUCAGCAGUGAGAACAGCGCGGUAAACGUCGGUCAGCUGGUAACGAACUCUUUCGCGGAGGAGGAGGUUUCAAAAUAGACAUUAAAUUAGCAGCUCGAAUCGGAGAGCGAAGUUUUCUUUUCCGUGGAAUACUGAAGCCAAUGGUGUUACCGAUGAGGGUAUUAAGGCCGCGAGGAACGAUCAUCGAGUUGUCGGAAUUUCGGGAUUUCUGAAUAACACGAGAAAAAGCAGAGAGCGAGAGAGAGAGAGAGAAGGAAAAUCCGAAAAGUAAAGAUCGCUAGGAAAUUCGAGGCCCGGCAGAGGGCGAAUCGGGCACCGGAUGUACGCGAGUGAUAAAAGUUUAAACAGCCAAGUUUUUUGAGAUCGAUCUGUCGAUCGACACGCUCGGAGCGAGGACCGCACCAGCCUGGUCCAACGCGAGGCGGUGCCACGAAUUUGUUUCCUUUUUUCCCCUCCGAGGAGACAGAGGAAGGAAAGGGCGCGUCAAGCUGGCUAAUAUUUCGACCGGGAAAUGACUGUGUCGUACGCGAGCGAAGUGCCCAACGGAUCCAGCUUUGGCUGUUUCUGGAAAAUCCUCAUAAAAUGGCGUGGCUCGGUUUACAAAUUGAUUUGGCGCGAACUACUGGCUUAUCUAUUUUUUUAUUACGUCAUCAACAUAACGUAUCGAUAUGUCCUCAACGACGAGCAACAGAGGAUAUUCGAGAAGAUUCGUUACUACUUUGGCAAUUCGAGUGAAUCGAUACCGAUGUCCUUCGUGCUGGGAUUCUACGUGAGCCUCGUCGUUAAAAGAUGGUGGGAGCAAUACAAAUUAUUGCCAUGGCCCGACAAUCUUGCACUCUUCAUCAGCGCAGCGAUUCCCGGAAACGAUGAGAGAGGCCGCCUCAUGAGACGAAACAUCGUGAGGUACGCCGUUCUCGCGUACGUCAUUACCCUCCAAAGAAUUUCGUUGAGGGUCAAGAGACGUUUUCCGACGCUUCAGCACAUCGUCGACGUUGGUCUCAUGAUGGAAUCAGAAAAAAAAAUCUUCGAAAUGAUGAACAAAAAAGCAGCAAUGUCGAAGUACUGGAUGCCGCUUGUUUGGGCGACGAAUAUAAUAAAUCGAGCGAGAAAAGAGUCCUUGAUAACGAGCGAUCAAGUUGUUCAGACGUUGCUCGUUGAGCUCAGUGACAUCCGGAAGAGGUUAGGUGCACUAAUCGGUUACGACACUGUUUGCGUUCCUCUUGUUUACACGCAGGUCGUUACGUUAUCGCUGUAUGCGUACUUCUUCUCGGCUCUGCUCGGCAGACAAUUCGUUGAGCGUCCACCGAACGGAGUACCAUCCGGAAAAUACGAAGAGCCUGACAUGUAUUUUCCAGUCUUCACAACCCUGCAGUUUUGCUUUUACGUUGGUUGGCUGAAAGUCGCGGAAGUGCUGAUCAACCCUUUCGGCGAGGACGACGACGACAUAGAACUGAAUUGGCUGAUCGAUCGUCACAUCAAGGCUGGGUACAUGAUCGUCGACGAAAUGCACGAAGAACAUCCCGAGCUUCUCAAAGACCAAUACUGGGACGAAGUCAUCCCGAAGGAUUUGCCUUACACGGUCGCAAGCGAGCAGUAUCGGAAAGAAGAGCCGAAGGGAUCGGCUGAACAUUACAAAGUCAAGGAGAGCGAUUCUCUGUACGCGAACGUCAUUCUUGGCAAUCAUCACAAUCACAGCCAGCAUAGAAAGACGCACCAGGACGACAUGUACGCCGAUUACGAAAGCGUCGACACGCCGCUGGUGGAGCGACGAAAAAAUUGGCUGCAACGUCAAAUAACGCGAAUGGGCUCAGUCCGAAGUUCCUCGACGACUUACAGCAGCGGGGGAGGUUUUUUUGCGAGGAAUCGUCACAACAGUGUUUACAGCAGUCCUGAAACGGGUGGUUUGCCGCAGACGAAUAACAUGAACCCGAAGAUGUCGCUGUACGAUCGUCUCGUCGGUCGGAAGAGCGUGAGGAGCCAGAGGAUGGGUCGUCAAGGUACAAUGACGAAGCUGCAAUCAGUGCCGGUGUCGUUGAAAAACCGUCCGCGUAUCCCGACACCGGACGUGACCAAAGAGGUUGUGGAUCGUGAGCAGAGGCUCGCGCUUUCAGCCAGCAACGCGGCGAGCAUCGGAGCCGGUGUCGUUGGCGUGAUACCAGCGAACGGUCAUUAUCCGACGGAGCUUCCGGUGGUGCAGGUGGUGCUGUCGCCCAUAGCGGAGUCAGAAGUUGCACCGAAUUCAGGAAAGGGUGGAACAGCGGCCCUGGCGCAAGCGGUAUUGUCGCCGACGUUGACGGGUGCAGGCUUGGUGACGCCGAUGACGUUGACGCCGGUGACGAUGAGCCAGCUGACGCAUUUGGGAUUGGUCACAACGACGUCCUCCUCGAUGCCGAGGAUAAACGUCCAGCCGUUGAGCGGGCUGCAGGCGACCUUGACAGAGGUGAACAGCAGCGAGGAGGAAGGAUCGGGUGGGAGCGCGAGCGCGAGCAGUCGAAGCGAAAGCGUCGCCGGCCACGAAGAACGAAGGACGCCCCUCAUCGGGGAACGCACGAGCCUACCGGGCAGCCAAAACUCCACACCGACCUUCGAUAACUAUAACGAUCGCUCGCCCAUUCUUAUGAGCCCUGAAAAACUCAACGGCUACGCCAUCAAGCCGAGCACCACGCAGGAAAAAGAACGCGCCAAUGCCGAAGCUCGAGCUCGACGAUCGGCUUCCCUCCCUGGACCACCGGUCAUGAUGCAGGUUCGCGAAGAUCGAAGCAUGUCUCUCCCACACGCAGGCUCUCUUCCAAACCGCGACGAGCUAACGGUCGGGACGCAAAGCACCCAAACCAAUUCCAGUUACGAUCCACUCGGACAACUUAAUCACACCGAAGUCAGGCAUCGAACCGGAAGCGUUGGGGUCGAAGCCGCGAAAACGAGACACCACGAACCACUCAGACGAAUCAGCACUCCUGCUACCACCAACUCUUCCCUCUUCGCUGGCGCACCUGCCACUACCAAUGUCCCUGGUAGCAAAAGAGGCGAAGUUUACGUCUGAACUCGUCGUUUUUCUUCCUCCCUUCUCCGACGGCUACUAGCACUGGGAUCAACUUCAAAAUCGAUCAAUUUUAUCUCAUUUCCAUGUGCCCCUUUCCAUCACAUUUUUCUUUCGCAAAUUCAUUCGUUCCCGACUCAAUUCACGAUUGAACCAUGUCAAUUGACAAAAAUAAUUUUCCUCGUUACUGUCCGUUACGAAUCAUAUUUACUUCUCGUCGUUCUGUUCCUUUGUCGAAGCUAAUUAUCCGUCCAUUAGUGUGAUUUUCAUUCUGACGACUAUCGAGUCUCUAAGAGCAGUGAGCGAGUCUUGAACGAUGAAAGUUUGCGAAUAAUUUUACGUGCGUGUAUGAGCGAACGCAUCACAUUGUAAAUAUUGUAAUUUAAACGGUCGUGCCACUGCAAGGGCACUGUUGGAUUCGUUAUAAUCGAAUGGGAAACUCGACACUAAGUUGUAACGAUAACAUUACGGCGUUGAAACGAUUUCAAAGAUUUUUCCUGCUUUUAGUUUAUUUCGAAUAAAAUAUCGUUGUCCGUUGUGAUAAGACGAAAAAUCUUGGAAGAUACUUCAACGCGAUUUAUCGACUCGAUCUGUCCCUCGAGCGAAUUAUCAUACAAAUGAAUAAAUGAGUAUAAAAUACUGGAAUUUCAGCUAGACAGAGACUCAGUUCACUUCGCAGUGAUAAAUUUACAAAGAUAUUUGUCCAUUUUUUUAGUUCAAAGUAAAGGAAAAUAUGAAGGAAGAUUAAGUCGAGCCUGAGAUUUUCAUGACGUCGACUACGGUUUAUUCCCACUAAAAUAACGAAUAUCAUUCUCUUGGUUUUCAAUGCCACUUUUAUUUAUUUAUUAUUUUGCGCGAUUAGGCGGAGGCUCUUUUUUAUACGACGUCAAGCGGGUUCGGAAGUUCGGAAUACCGCGAUUUCGGGCGGAAUGACAAAAAAAAUGAUAAAAACGAAAUGUUAGGAUUGUUGAUAAAUCAUUUAAUUAAUUUAUAGUUUAGAAGACUCGAGGCCAUUGACAACGCGCGUGUACAGAAACUUCGUAUACAUUAUUAUCAUUAUUAUUAUUGUUUAUUCUUCUUUUCAUUCGAGAAGCCAUAUUUGCCAUUCUCGCAUAACACUUGUAUAAAUAUAGAUUAAAUGAAGAGCGUGGCAAGAGAGAAAGUCAAGUAAUUCAUGAUGAUUUAUCUCCGAAAAUGGUGCUUCGUAUACGCCGUUUAUAAGUUGAAGACAAAGCUGUUUGUUGUCGCGAGAAAUCCGGCCUCCUUUUUAUCGUAUACAACAAAUGAUGUGCAAUUUUUGUAAACGAGAAACAAAGGGCCUGAAAAAAUGCUUAUUUUUAUAUUAUUUAACGACUAUAUUGAUAUCGUUUGUAAUCCAAGGACGCACACAUAUCUCGCGGAGUGCUCGAUGCUAUUUUAUUAAGCACGAUUGCUCCUUAUACCAUAGUUAUUUAAUCGACAGUAUUUGUACAUAGGAACGAAAGAUUUGCGCUGUAAAUUUGAACUCUCGUGGUCGUUACGUACGUUUAUCUCAAUAUUUUAUAUAAUAAUGAAAAUAUAGGUAUACACUUGUUCGUAUUAGAGAUGAAUUUUGAAUAAUAAAUCAAUUGAAACGAGUUGUGGCGAAUUUAAUGAAUUUUUGAAAACUACUACUCGUCUGGAUGUAGUACGCGUGGCUCAGCGUUUGUUCUCUCAACAAAAUGCAUCAACGCAAAGGUGACUUCCGUGCAAUAGGUAGAACGAUGAGGAAAUUAUGUUUACACCUCCGUCUUGUAGAAUUUUAGUGAUACUUAAUGAUUUUUCAUCCUUUGCAAUUUAUUAUCUGUCCAAUAAACGGCUUAACAUA